CGCACAUCACACCACCCACCAUGUCCACCUCCGAGCACCCUGCCUUCUCCAGUCUUCCCCUCGACAAAGCCGGUCCCCACGGAAAUGCCUGGGGUCUCUGGGGUCCCGACGAUCAAAUCGGAACCUUAAACCAUCUGACCCCGGACGUGGUGGCCACGGCAGCCAGGGAGGAGAUCCGGACGGGCCAGAGGGUGUCGCUUAACUGGUCCAUGACAGGCCCGUCGCAUCCCAAGCUUGGCCGCAAAGGCUUGGAUGUGAACUUAAUCAACAAGGAACCUGUCAAGGUUGCGCAUGACGACGAGUGGUCGUUUAAUUCCCAGAUCAGCUCCCAAUGGGACGGGUUCCGACAUUACGGAUAUCAGAAGGAAAAGGUCUACUACAUGGGCCACAGCGCAGAGGAAUUCCAGACCUCAACCGUGAACGGCAUUCACCACAUCGCCAAACAAGGCAUCGCCGGCCGAGGCAUCCUCAUCGACUGGUACCGAUGGGCCAGCACCCAGCCCAACGCCUCGCCACCCAUCGACGCAUUCACGCCCCACGCCAUCUCCUUUACUUCGCUGCUCGAAGCCGCCGCAUCGCAAGGCCUCGGACCCGAUGACUUCCGCCGCGGAGACAUCCUCUUCAUCCGCAGCGGCUACAUCGCCCAGUACGAGGGGCUUGAACCAGAAAAGCAAGACACGCUGGCCGAGCGCUACCGAACCCAGAAGCCCGAGAAUAUUGGCGUGGAGCCAUCGGAGCCCCUGCUGCGGUUUCUCUGGGAGAAAGGGAUUGCCGCGGUGGCCGGGGACUCGAGGUCGUUUGAGGUGUGGCCGUGUACGAGGCCCGAGUGGCAUUUGCAUGAGUGGUUGCUGGCGGGCUGGGGGAUGCCGAUUGGGGAGUUGUUUGAUCUUGAGGAGGUGAGCGCGAUGUGUGCGCGGUUGGGGAGGUAUAAGUUCUUUGUGUCGAGUGAGGUGUUGAAUGUUCCUGGGGGUGUGGCGAGUCCGCCGAAUGCGUUGGCGUUUUUCUAGGCCUUUUAGGGCUUGGUAUUUCCCUCAUCCAUACAGAGUAGGCACUGGUGUUCAUAUCAUGCGAAGUUCAAGGGAGUUGCGUAGAUGCUUGUACUCGUAUCAUAUCCAUCUCAUUUCUCAUCCCAA